UCACCGCACACGCCGCUCCGCCAUUGUUGUUGUUAUUGAGAAGCUUUGUUUACUAGACCGACAUUUCUGAGGAAAAACCUUUAUUUUAAGUUGCCCCACCCCUUCCGUUUAUGUAGUUUUUGGGUGAGAACAAAGAGUUUUGUGUCGCUUUGAUCGUGAGACCCAAUAUGACGAGUUUUAAGAAGGAUUUCCUGUGUUUUAUGUGAAAAUUUUAUGAGAAUCUGCGGAGUUUGUGCCUUUCUUUUGCUGCUCUUUUUUGGUCUUCCCUUAUGCCAUCUCCACGUUGAAAGAGAGAGAGAACGAGGAAUAAGGCAAGAUGGAUGCAAGCAAGACCUUAGGAAUGACGUCGGCGAUCAGCCUGGCAAAACCCAAGGCGUCUGACUUAGAGCAUACAAGGGAACUUGAGGAGUAUUUAAGAGAUGCGGGUAUGUUCGAGACUGAUGCCGAACUAAAUCACAGAUUUGAAGUCCUAGGAAAGCUGAACAAUCUUGUAAAAGCAUGGAUUCGAGAUGUAAGCAUAAAUGUCAAGAACAUGCCCCCACAAAUAGCAGACACAGUUGGUGGUAAAAUCUGCACUUUUGGUUCCUACCGAUUAGGUGUUGCAGGGAAAGGUGCUGAUAUUGACGCCCUUUGCGUUGCCCCAAGACACAUUGAACGGCAAGAUUACUUUACAAGUUUUUAUGAACUGCUUAAGGAACAGAGUGAAGUGACAGAGAUGAGAGCAGUUGAAGAGGCCUUCGUCCCUGUUAUCAAAAUGAAAUACGAGAACAUCGAGAUUGAUUUGCUCUUCGCACGGUUAGCUUUGAAAGAGGUGCAUGACUCGGUUGACCUCAAUGAUGACAGCAUUCUCAAAAACCUGGAUGAGAAGUGUGUCAGGAGUCUCAAUGGUUGCAGAGUCACAGAUGAGAUUCUGCGCCAAGUCCCAAAUAGAGAGAGUUUCAGAUUGGCGUUACGAGCAAUAAAAUUGUGGGCAAAACGUCAUGGUGUAUACAGCAACGUUCUCGGGUAUCUUGGUGGUGUGUCAUGGGCUAUGCUUGUAGCAAGAACAUGUCAGCUGUAUCCCAAUGCUACAGCUUCUACCCUAGUUGAAAAAUUCUUCCUAGUGUUCUCAAAAUGGACAUGGCCUGCUCCUGUAUACCUCAAACAGCCCUAUGAUGCAAAACAUGGGUUUAAGGUCUGGGAUCCUCGUGUGAAUGUACAAGACAGAUUCCACUUGAUGCCAAUCAUCACACCAGCAUACCCACAACAGAAUUCCACUUUCAACACGUCCCAAUCCACAAGAGCUGUCAUGGUGGAGGAGUUCAAGAUGGGUCUUCAGAUCACAGAGGACAUCAUGUUGGGAAAAGCUACAUGGGAUAAACUCUUCCAGCCGCCAAACUUUUUCAUGAAAUAUAAACACUACCUUGUUGUGAUUGCUGUGGCUCGGACCCCAGAAGACCAUUUAGAGUGGUAUGGACUUGUUGAGUCAAAAAUCCGACACUUAAUUUCCAGUCUAGAACAUAACCCAGCAAUAAAGACUGUACACAUAAACCCUGUGACUUUUAACUGUCAGGACCCAGAAUAUAAGGAUAAACCACAUUCAUCAUGGUUCCUUGGGGUGGACUUCAAUAAAAGUGAAAAUGUAAAUAUAGAUCUCACCAACGACAUCAAUAAAUUUGUAGAAGUUGUGUAUAAGCAGAGCACCUACAACAAGGCAUACAAAGAAGGCAUGGAGGUCAACUGCAAGUAUGUCAAGCGGAAACAGCUGACAAACUAUCUGUCGCAAGAAGACCUUGACAAAUACAAGCCCAAAGUCGAGGAAGGGCAGCCCCAGACCAUCAGACAGAAGAGAAAGUCGGAUGUCGGGUCCCAAGACUCCCCGAGCAGAGAAAGUCCAGAGAAUAACAAAAAGCCCAAAAUUGAUGGUGAUUUGACUACUCAGGCCACUCUGAAUGGUGAUGACUCAAAUAUCUCCAUAGAUGAAGCAUUUUCAAAUACGUCAAUUCCAGGCCUAGCUCCAGAAAUAAAUGCAGCACAGCCUAAGCCACCACCACGGACAAAGCCACCAUGCUCCCACCAACGGGCGCGUGUCAUUCUCAAGGCCCGUCGUCAAGCCUCCCCCUCUGGUCCUGGCAAGACAGAGGCUCUCAAGCAUUGAACUUCCUGAUGUCCUCACCCCUGAACCUCCUCAACUUGCAGCCACACGAAACAAUUUCAUAAUUCACUUCAAGUGAACCAUGCUGAAGGUGGAGGAAUGUGCUGUAAUGUGCAGUGGAAAAGGAAAAUGAGGAACAUUUAAAGGUUGAUGAAGUAAUGGAUGAUACAUCACACAUUUUUGUAGAGUGAUACAUUCAGUGGGAAAGAUUAUUAUUGCCCAAGUAACUCUUUGGUUCAUUCUAGGAGCCUGAAAUCAGAUGUUGGCAGUUUAAGUGGUUAUAUCCGAGCCUUGGUAAAUGAGUAAGGGUACGAGGAAUGAAAAGGUCGUCUGCAUCUGUUGACUUGGUCUUGUCUCAUUCAAGGAGGAAUUUUAUUUUAUUUUCUUCUGGCAAAGGUUACACAUUUGGUUCUUUUAUACUAUAUAUAGAUAUACUUCCUUUACCAAUAUGUAUGUUCCUCCAAGUGGAACAUAACUUUUCUCCAGACUUUGUUUUUAAUGACUUUUCAUCAUAUAUUAAUUCAUUCACAAAUGAAAUUGUAACCAGAAGUCUUUAAGUAGUGGUUCUGAUUGUAACCUGAAAUUGUGCCCAACAACAUGAUCAUGCUUUCAGAGACUUAAGCUUGAUGGUUUAGUGGUUGAAUGUUGGUAUCACAAUGGGACAAAAGUGCAAAAAAAUGAGAAAUAGAUAGAUAAAACGGUAAAAAAACAACAAAAACAAAAACAAAAAAACAGCUUGUAUGAGGAGCUGGGACAUUAGUAAAAGGCAUCAUAUGCCUAUUUAUAUAAAUAAGAAAGUACUGUAACUAAUUGGUAGUGAGUUUCUAAAGGCAAAGGACAUAGCAGUUAAUAUCAGGGUUAAUAUAUCUAUUUUUUCUGGGAUUUUUCAUUUUAUUAUAAGAUACAAAUCUUAUUUUCACUGCUAUAAAUUCACCAUGCCACCUGCUAGUGCUCAAGAUCAUGAUAUUGAUAAUUAACACAGUGAUGUUGAAUACUAAGUAUUUGAUGAGAUAAUUGACCUUGAUGGUGUGUACUGUUACAGUAAUGAGCACUUACAAGCAUUUCAGUUUGGAAAGUGGUAAAUAUCAGUGAAACCUUUUUUAAAACACUGUAAUUGAACACAACAGCCUUACAUUGUAAUGCUUGGUAUGAAUGACUUCUAGCCAUUCAUUCAUAGGAAAAUUAAGUUCGCCAAAAAAAUUCUAUACUUCAGUGUUCUCCAAUAAAAUAAUCAUGUAAUUAGUAUAUCAGCCGGGACACUUUUAAUGUAGUACUAUUCAUUCCGCUAAUCUUAGUGUGUACGCAUAUAUCAUUCAAUCAAUGGUAAAAAGGCAUGGUUGAUUACAAUAUUUAUUUUAUUUAUUUAUUAUUUUUUAUUAUGAUGUAUGUUUUUUUAUCAUUUUAGAUUGGUUUACGAGAUGUUGAUAAGCCAAAUAUAGUAUAUUUGUGCUGGGUAUCAUAAUUUUAAGGGUCAUGAUGAGAAGGUCAUAUCCCAAUUAAUACUAAUAGCAGGCAGUAGCAACUUUCUGAUUUUAAAUUUUGCUCUUUACGAGUGACUGGACUUUUGUUUAGUUGUCAUGCUCAAUAACUGGGUCUAUAUAUGAAUAUAUAAAACAAAAAAUCAUAAAUAUGCAUAGACACUCACUCUCUCUCUCUCUUGGAUAUGUAUACACUCAUUUUCACACACACUCACACUCACACUCACUUUCACACACUCACACUCACUUUUACACACACACACACACACCACACACACACACACACACACACACACACACACA